GGAUCAUAUAAAAUCCAUUUUUAAGAUUUCUUAGCUUUAAAACACUGAUUUCCUUAAAACCAAGAAAAUGGAUGGGUCCCAAAAACCGUACCAUAUUUGUUGCUUGUAGAAGCAGUGAAUGAUAUGUUUUUGAAGCCAAAAAGAUUUAUCUGAUUUUAUUUUUUAUUUUUUGUUUUAUGAAAACGCUUUUUUGACUCAUCUCAGGAACUUAUAUAUGUUUUUUCUCCAUAUUCCUUGAUCCCUCUCCUCUGACUCACAUAUAACGCAUAUAUCAGCCUCGCUCAUACUAAUAAUGCCACCAUGUUUUUGUUUUGUUUUGUUUGCUUUUACUGUUUUUCGCUCUUCUCGAGCAGAGGAGGUUCUUCAAUGAGCCAGCUAUAACAAAGAAAAAAAAGAAGCUUUUUUCUCGGGAAAAUAUAUACUGCAAUUGCUGUUUCUUGCUCUUUUUUCUAAGGGGAAGUCCAACGCUUUUUCUUUCAGCUUUUCUUUUCCAAGAAUUUUCAUAAUGGUCUCUAAAGCUUCUUUCUAAGCCGCUAUUCUUCUAGUGUCAAUUCCUUUAUUCAUAUUCUCGGAAUUUGCCUCUUUCUUUCUUUUUUGGCUUUGGUUUCGAAGAUUGGAAUUUGUCCACUUUGAGUUAGCAAUGGCAGAUUUUAUCAAACUCAGCUAUUCAUUUCCAGGGUAACACUCUUCAGUGUGCAGCUGUUUGCAGGAUGGUAUUGGUAUCCAAUCGACAUAUAAUGGCGUUGUUCAUCCACUACCACUAGGCUAGAUAUCCUCAAGAUUCUUCCUUCCUGUUUGAUUUACCCAUUUUGUCCCUGAUCUUUUUGACCAAUGGCCUCCAAAGUCCCCUUCCUUUCCCUCCAUUUCCUACAAGCGUUUGUAUUCUUAAAUUCCUUGCUCUUCCCGCCCUGCAUGGCUCUAAGUGUUGAAACAGAAGCCUUGCUUCAAUUCAAAAGAGAGCUCAAAGACCCUUUGAACUUUCUUGAUUCCUGGAAAGAUUCUGAUUCCCCAUGUGGUUUUUCUGGUGUUACUUGUGAUCUGGUUUCCGGGAAAGUUACUGAAAUCUCUCUUGCAAAUAAGUCUCUCUCAGGUGAGAUUUCGACCUCCAUUGCUGCCCUCGAGAGCUUGACCAAGCUCUCAUUAGCUUCAAACCAUAUUUCAGGAAAGAUUCCUCCCCAGCUUACCAAUUGUAGCAAUCUUAGAGAAUUGAAUCUCUCAAUUAAUGUAAUGUUUGGAAGGAUACCGGAUCUUUCCACCCUUAAAGCCUUGCGGAUUCUUGAUCUGUCUACGAAUUACUUCUCUGGAAGUUUUCCCACUUGGAUAGGAAAUCUGACAGGGCUUGUUGAUCUGGGACUUGGGCUAAAUGAAUUUGAUGAAGGUGUUAUUCCUGAGAAUCUUGCAAAUUUGAAGAACUUGUCUUGGCUUUUUCUGUCAAAUUCCCAUUUCAUCGGAGAGAUUCCAGAGUCUAUUUUCGAACUCAAGGAGCUGGGCACAUUGGACAUUUCAAGAAACAAAAUCUCUGGGAAGCUCUCGAAGUCGAUUUCGAAAAUGAGGAAGCUUUUCAAGAUUGAACUCUUUGCCAACAAUUUGACUGGAGAAAUCCCACCCGAGCUUGCCAAUCUUACCCUUCUGCGGGAGUUUGAUAUCUCUACAAACAAUUUUCAUGGGAUAUUGCCUCCAGAAAUUGGAAAUCUGAAACAUUUGACAGUUUUCCAGUUAUAUGAAAACAACUUCUCUGGAGAAUUCCCUCCUGGUUUUGGGGAUAUGCAACAUCUUUUUGCUUUCUCAAUAUAUGGGAACAGUUUCACUGGUGACUUUCCAGCAAAUUUUGGCAGAUUCUCACCAUUGGACAGCAUUGACAUAUCCGAGAAUCAGUUUUCUGGCAAUUUCCCAAGGUUUUUGUGUGAGAACAGGAAGUUAAAGUUUUUGCUUGCUUUGCAAAACAACUUUUCUGGGGAGUUUCCGGAUUCAUAUGCAAAUUGUAAAUCUCUAGAGAGGUUAAGAAUAAGUAAAAAUCAUUUAUCUGGGGAGAUUGCUGAUGGCGUUUGGGAACUACCAUAUGCAACAAUGAUUGAUUUUGGUUAUAAUGACUUCAGUGGAGGGAUAUCUCCCACGAUAGGUUUUUCUACCAGCUUGAGUCAAUUGGUAUUAUAUAACAAUCGCUUCUCAGGCAAUCUUCCAUCGGAGCUUGGCAAGCUGAUCAACUUAGAGAGGCUCUAUCUGAAUAACAAUAACUUCUCUGGUGAAAUACCUUCAGAAAUCAGUAAUCUUAUGCAGCUUUCAUCAUUACAUUUGGAAGAGAAUUCAUUAACGGGACCGGUACCAGCUGAACUUGGUAACUGUGUGAGGAUGGUGGAGUUGAAUCUUGCUCGUAAUUCUUUGUCUGGUAAUAUCCCCUAUACAUUUUCACUAAUGAGCACAUUGAAUUCUCUGAAUCUUUCGGAAAAUAAACUUACAGGUUUAAUUCCACUAAAUUUGGAGAAAUUGAAACUAAGUUCCAUAGAUUUGUCUGAAAAUGAUUUAUCUGGAAGGGUCCCAUUUGAUCUAUUGACCAUGGGUGGAUACAAAGCCUUCAAGGGAAAUAAGGAGCUCUGUGUUGACCAGAAAUCCAGGACUGGUGCAAAUUUGGAUAUGAGUAUUUGUUCUACCAAGCCCAGUAAGAAAAGUUUCCUGCAAGAUAAAAUGGUUUUGUUCUGCAUAAUAGCUUCCUUGAUUGCUGUUUUAGCAGGGUUCCUGAUUGUAAGCUAUAAGAACUUUAAGAUUGGUGUUGGUGACAUAGAAAACAACUUGGGAGAGGGAAUGGAAACAGAAUCAAAAUGGAAACUUUCAUCUUUCCACCAAUUGGAAUUUGAUGUAGAAGAAAUAUGUGAUUUGGAUGAGGACAAUUUGAUUGGAAGUGGCAGUACCGGGAAAGUUUUUCGCUUAAGUUUGAAGAAAAAUGGCAGUACGGUGGCUGUGAAGCAAUUGUGGAAAGGAGAUGGUGUGAAAGUUCUGGCAGCAGAAAUGGAUAUUUUGGGGAAGAUCAGGCAUAGAAAUAUAUUGAAGCUUUAUGCCUCUUUGACAAAAGGAGGAUCAAGUUUCUUGGUCUUGGAGUACAUGGUAAAUGGUAAUCUGUUUCAAGCACUUCAUAGAGAGAUCAAAGGUGGGCAACCAGAAUUGGACUGGUAUCAAAGGUUUAGGAUUGCUUUGGGAUCAGCAAGGGGAAUUGCUUAUUUACACCAUGAUUGUUCACCACCGAUUAUUCACAGAGAUAUAAAGUCAACCAAUAUCCUACUCGAUCAGGACUAUGAGCCUAAAGUUGCUGAUUUUGGUUUUGCAAAGAUUGCAGAAAAAUCUCAAAAGGGUUCUGAUUAUAGUUCUUUUGCUGGCACUCAUGGUUAUAUUGCUCCUGAACUAGCAUAUACUCUCAAAGUCACUGAAAAGUAUGAUGUGUAUAGUUUUGGCGUGGUGCUGCUAGAACUAGUUACUGGUAGAAAACCGAUUGAAGAGGAGUAUGGUGAAGGAAAAGACAUAGUUUAUUGGGUUUCAACACAUCUCCAUGAUCGCGAAAAUGUCCUCAAGGUUCUCGAUGACAAAGUGGCAUCUGAGUCAAUCCGAGAUGACAUGAUUAAGGUGUUGAAGACUGCUAUUCUAUGUACAACAAAGCUUCCAAAUCUGCGCCCUACAAUGAGAGAGGUGGUGAAAAUGCUUAUUGAUGCUGAUCCUUGCUCUCUCCGGUCGCCAGAUGACAAUUCAGAAAGAAACAGCAAGGUUCUUGUCUAGUCAUUCUCCUCUUUUAUCAGCUGCUAAACUUUUUGAGGUUGAAGUUUUUACCCCUACCCAAAAAACAAAAAAACAAAAAAAACAAAAAUUCCCUUUUGGGGUUUAAGAGUUUCAUGCAAUUUUAGAAUCCUACCAUGCGUAUUUUGUUGAAUCGAAGGUGGUGUAAUUAGUUCCAAAUCAGAAGCUCUAAAUAUGGCAUCUGGUCUUAUGGAAGUUAAAGUUGUAGCAAAAGUUGAUGUUGUAAUCUCAUUACUACUGCUGCUAUUGUGUAUAAGCUUUUGUUCUUUUUUAAUAGAGGAACAGUUUUUGCUAUCA